GCACCCUUGCGCCGGCAAUCCCUCCACAUACGCGCUUUGACGCGGCCGCGCCCCCCCCGGAGCCGAUAAAAACACUCUCUCGCCCGCCCGGUUUGCCGCCUCGCCACGACACGCCCAGCCAGACACACCCACAGCACAGCCCCCGCGCUCCGGACGCAACUACACGUAGCGCGCGUGCGUUUUUGCUUUGAUUUGCUUUGCUUUUGCGCCUGCUGCGGCCGGCCACGUAGUUACGGAACCCAGCUGCUCGCGCGGCUGGUGCAGUGCUCGUUCAAAGCUACUGUACUUUGCUGCACGUACAUACGUGCUUGUCUUGUCGUUCGUUCGUUGGGCUUAAUUUGCUCUUUUGCUGAGGCCUGACGACGGUCGGAGAAGAGGUCUCGCGUUGCCUUUCUGCCGGGCUGUUUUUUGGUGGUUGCGACUUGGGAUUGUCGCGCGUUGGGGAAUCAGGUGAAGACAGGUAGAGGGCGUGAGAGGAGCGAUGGCGGGGCCGGCGGUAGGGCGGGAGCUGCCGCAGACGCCGACGUGGGCGGUGGCGGUCGUCUGCCUCGUCAUGAUACUCCUCUCCCUCGCCUUGGAGCACGCGCUCCACAAGCUCGGCCAUUGGUUCCAGAAGCGGCAGAAGAAGGCCGUGGCCGAGGCGCUCGAGAAGAUCAAAGCAGAGCUGAUGCUGAUGGGUUUCAUUUCCCUGCUCCUCACCGUGGGGCAAACGCCAAUCUCCAAGAUAUGCAUCUCCAAGGAGGCCGGCAGCGUCAUGCUACCGUGCAAGCUGUCAGUGGCAGCCGAGGACGCCGACGACGAAGGCAAGGACAACGGCCGCCGGAGGCUACUCUGGUUCCAGGAAGAAAUCCACCGUCGGUUCUUGGCCGCCGCGCCCGGAGUUGACCCCUGUGCGAGCCAGGGCAAGGUGGCGCUGAUGUCUGCAAGCAGCAUGCACCAGCUGCACAUAUUCAUCUUCGUGCUCGCCGUCUUCCAUGUCUUCUACAGCGUCACCACCAUGGCUCUAGGGCGUCUCAAGAUGAAGAAAUGGAAGAAAUGGGAGUCGGAGACAACCUCACUGGAGUAUCAGUUCGCAAAUGAUCCUUCGCGGUUCCGUUUCACGCACCAGACGUCCUUCGUGAAGCGGCACAUGGGCCUCUCCAGCACUCCUGGCGUCAGAUGGAUCGUGGCGUUCUUCAGGCAGUUCUUCGGGUCAGUCACCAAGGUGGACUACCUGACCAUGCGCCAAGGCUUCAUCAAUGCGCAUUUGUCGCAGAACAGCAAGUUCGACUUCCACAAAUACAUCAAGAGGUCACUCGAGGACGACUUCAAAGUAGUCGUCGGUAUCAGCCUCCCGCUGUGGUUCGUGGCGGUUCUCACGCUCUUCCUUGAUAUUAACGGGAUCUACACGCUCAUCUGGAUCUCUUUCGUCCCUUUCGUCAUCCUGUUGCUGGUUGGAACCAAGCUAGAGAUUGUGAUCAUGGAGAUGGCCCAGGAGAUCCAGGAUCGGGCAAGCGUCAUCAAGGGGGCUCCUGUCGUUGAACCAAGCAACAAGUUCUUCUGGUUCAAACGGCCUGAUUGGGUCCUGUUCCUCAUACAUUUGACACUGUUCCAGAACGCGUUUCAGAUGGCGCAUUUCGUCUGGGCACUGUUCACACCCGGUUUGAAGAAAUGCUACCAUCAAAACAUGGGACUGAGCAUCAUGAAGGUCGUGGUGGGGGUAGCUCUUCAGGUUCUGUGCAGCUACAUCACCUUCCCACUCUAUGCACUAGUCACACAGAUGGGCUCAAACAUGAAGAGGGCCAUCUUCGAUGAGCAGACGGCCAAGGCACUGACGAAUUGGAGGAACACAGCAAGGGAGAAGAAGAAGACCCGGGAUGCAGACGCAUUCAUGGCGCAGAUGAUCGGUGACGCAACACCAAGCCAAGGCUCAUCGCCGGUGCAUCUGCUCCACAAGAACAGGAUGCGGUCAGAAGAUCCCCAAAGCAUACCAACCUCGCCAAGGGCCGAGCACGAGGCUAUGGACAUGUAUCCGGUUGCGCAGGUUGUGCACACAUCGCAUCCACAUCCACCCCACAGACUAGACCCUUCUGACAGGAGGAGGUCCGCCUCAUCGUCAGCCCUUGACACUGAUAUAGCCAGUGCUGAUUUUUCCUUCAGCAUGCAACGGUGACGAGACAAGUUUCUGUAUUGAUGAAGUUCAAUGUAUAGCAAACAUAGGAGCUAAAUAUGUGAUGAUUGAUACAAUAAGGAUCGGAAAUUUCACCGACUCAAAAAAUAAACUACCAUCAAAUCAACAAAGCAAA